GGGGACCGGAAGUGCGGACCAUAGAGACGGGCGGCCCCUAGAGCGGCGCGAUCGGUUAAGCGCUCCUCUCGGCGACCUCGGGCCCCCCGGAGGUCGCCCAGCGCUUAGCAGUAGCGAACAGGCGCAGCCCUGGGGGUGCCCGCCGUGACGCUGCUCGGCUGCAGCAGCCCCUCAGAGGCGGUGCUUCGUUCGUACGCGCGCGGGGAAGGAAGAACUAGGGACUCAGAACCGAUGGCACUGCACUGUUAAUGGGGAGCUCUUGGGCCUGCUGCAGGGAGCGAAUUAUCACUUGGAACGCCUGAAACCCCCACGAGAACACGCCGCAGAAACAAAAACGAACACAACGCAAUACCGCCUUUGCACGGGACUACCACCCGCCGCACUCGCUUCCCCUGCCCUAUAUAGCCCAGGCCCCCGCCGCCGACCAAUCAGCGGAUGCCGGCAGCCCUCUCUGUUGCUUUCAUUGGUCGCUGGGCUCCCCGCUCCCGCCCCAUCUUGCCUCACAGGUGCGCGGGCGCCCUCUAUCGCGCCUUGUACCCCGAACCCCGCCCACCGACCAAUCCGCACAGGGUGAAGGUGGUGCGACGCAGCAUGUCGGAGGGCGAGGCCAAACAGGCGCCGAGCGGCGGCUCCGACCCGAAGCCGGAGUCCGCCUCGUCGGGACCGGGGAUGACCUCGGUGUCUGCGCCCGUGACUUCCGCGGCGCCCCCGGAGGAGGAGGAGGAGGAGGAAGAGAGCGAGGACGAGUCCGAGAUCCUCGAGGAGUCCCCGUGCGGCCGCUGGCAGAAGCGGCGUGAGGAGGUGAAUCAGCGCAAUGUGCCGGGCAUUGACAGUGCCUACCUGGCUAUGGAUACAGAGGAAGGCGUGGAAGUUGUUUGGAAUGAGGUUCAGUUUUCUGAACGGAAGAACUUUAAACUUCAGGAGGAGAAAGUUAAAGCAGUGUUUGACAACUUAAUUCAGUUGGAACAUCUGAACAUUGUAAAGUUUCACAAAUACUGGGCUGACGUGAAGGAGAAUAAAGCCAGAGUAAUUUUCAUCACUGAAUAUAUGUCUUCAGGGAGCUUGAAACAGUUUCUGAAGAAGACAAAGAAAAACCACAAAACGAUGAAUGAAAAGGCCUGGAAGCGAUGGUGUACCCAGAUCCUUUCUGCCCUCAGCUACCUCCACUCCUGUGACCCUCCAAUCAUCCAUGGCAACCUGACCUGCGACACCAUCUUCAUUCAGCACAACGGAUUGAUCAAAAUUGGGUCAGUCUUUCAUAGGAUAUUUGCUAAUGUGGCACCAGACACAAUAAACAACCACGUGAAGACGUGUCGGGAGGAGCAGAAGAACCUGCACUUCUUUGCUCCGGAAUAUGGAGAAGUUGCCAAUGUUACCACAGCUGUGGAUAUUUAUUCCUUUGGGAUGUGUGCCCUGGAGAUGGCAGUGCUGGAAAUACAGGGUAAUGGAGAGUCAUCUUACGUGCCCCAGGAGGCCAUUAACAGUGCCAUCCAGCUGCUGGAGGACCCCUUGCAGAGGGAGUUCAUUCAGAAGUGUCUAGAACAGGACCCAGGCAAACGUCCUACGGCCCGGGAGCUCCUUUUUCAUCAGGCAUUGUUUGAGGUGCCAUCACUAAAGCUGCUCGCUGCUCACUGCAUUGUUGGGCAUCAGCAUAUGAUUCCUGAAAACGCUUUAGAAGAGAUGACCAAAAACCUUGACAUGAGUGCAGUGCUGGCAGAGAUCAACCAUGCGGAUAGGGAAGGAGUCAAAAUGAUCUUCUCACAGUCCCCAGCACUGGAGCUGGACAAGUUCCUGGAGGACGUAAGGAAUGGUAUCUACCCACUCACAGCUUUUGGGAUGCCACGACCUCAGCAGCCCCAGCAGGUGGUGGUGAAGUCUCCCAUUGCUCCACCGUCAGUGAAAACCCCAACUCCGGAGCCAGCGGAGGUGGAAACCCGCAAGGUGGUGCUGAUGCAGUGCAACAUUGAGUCAGUAGAGGAGGGAGUGAAGCACCACUUAACACUGCUGCUGAAACUGGAAGACAAGUUGAAUCGACACUUGAGUUGUGACCUGCAGCCCAAUGAUAAUAUCCAGGAACUGGCAGCCGAAUUGGUCCAGCUUGGAUUCAUCAGUGAGGCUGACCAGAGCAGACUUACCUGUUUACUUGAAGAGGCGUUCAGCAAGUUCUACUACACCCGGAACGGAGCUCUGACGGCAGUGACGGUGUCAUCGUAGCAUCCCUUGGCUCCAGGGCGGCCGGUGCAGCUUUGUUGCCUGUGACCCCUUCUGUGUCUGUCCAUCACCAUAGGGCAUCAGCAAGCCCCCAGCUGCAGUGCUUGGAAGCUCAUCCUGCAUGUGCUGUGGCUGGGCCCAGCAACAAUCCUCCCCGCCCGCCUAUUAAAGGGGACUUUGAGCAUCAGUAUUAUUUCCAGCCCUGUUUUUGUUGGGAUUUUGCCAGGUGGUGCUGGGGAGCCAGGUCCUGGCUCGGGGUGUUCUGUAGCCCCGUUCAUGUGCAUGGAAUUUGUUCUGUUUGGAUUGUACAAAGUGUCUUUUUGCACAGCACAGAAAUGGUUUUUUUUUUCGUUUUCUUUUUUUUUUUUUUUUUAAUUUAAAGGUAAGCAGAGGGGAGCCCUUAAGCCCUGUUCCCUCUCUGUACCCCCCAACUCUGCAACCGCCUGUGGCAGCAGUCACGAGCCUCGUCCCUGGGCAGAGGGAUCCAGCACCAGCCUGGCCCUUCGCCUCUUCGCUCCCCUUUGGCUGCACUUUGUUUACUUGUUUUGCACAGCCCUGCAGCUCUGCACAUUGGCCUGUGCUGCAGGUGCAGGGCUGUGGUGUGUGCUCCCCUGGGCUCUGUCCCCUGCUGCAGCAUCCUGGAGCCGAGCUUGGCCCUCCUGCCCUGCUGCUGCGUGCUGCUGCGGGCCCCGGCUGUGCUCCGGGCCUCUGCGGGCAGCCUGGAGCCCCGUGGUGUCAGCCUGGGCUCUGCUGGGCCACCGCGUGCUCCAGCGCUCGGCUCCCUCUGCAUCUCCUUUCUAUCCGGGGGUGCUCGGAGGGGCUGAGCCCGCGGCCCUGCAUGCGUCUUUGGGGCUGAGCGCGGCGCUGCUCCCGCAUCUCAUUUCUAUCAUUUCCUAUUUUUAAUAAACCGUUUUGUAAAUA